ACGAAAGAGUUAGAUAGGUAGUACUAGUAAUCUAGAAGAUGAGUUUUCUUGCAGGAAGGUUAGCUGCAAAAGAAGCAGCUUAUUUUCUCCAAGAAUCCAAACAAGCCACUGCAAAAUUAGGUCUAAAGAACAAUCCAAUCUCCAACACCAAACCAGAUGAACGACACGUCGUUCAUGAUCACGCUGAUGUUCUUCCUGAAAUUCUAAGACACUCCCUUCCUUCCAAACUAUUCAGAGACGAAACGGCAAGUGCCACGUCAUCAUCUUUCUCUGCUUCCAAAUGGGUCCUUCAUUCUGAUCCCAAAGUUCAAUCUUCUGUAUCUCCUGAUGCUCUCAAUCCUCUACGUGCUUAUGUUUCUCUUCCCCAAGUUACCUUUGGCCCCAAAAGGUGGGAAUUGCCUGAAGCAAAACAUGGGGUUUCAGCCUCAACAGCUAAUGAAUUGCGUCAAGAUCGGCAUGCCAUCCAUAUUAAUCCAGAGAAGUUAAAAGCAGCAUCUGAAGGGCUUGCAAAUGUUGGAAAGGCAUUUGCUAUUGCCACUGCAGUUGUGUUUGGUGGUGCUGCAAUGGUAAUAGGUAUGGUGGCCUCCAAGUUAGAGCUGCAUAAUAUGAGUGAUCUCAAAACUAAAGGAAAGGAUACUAUUGAGCCACGACUUGAAAACAUCAAAAAGCAAUUUGUUCCCAUGAAAAUAUGGGCUGAGAAUAUGUCGAGAAAGUGGCAUUUAGAAAGGGAAGAUGUCAAGCAAAAGGCUAUUGUAAAGGAUCUAUCUAAGAUUUUCGGUGCUAAAUCAUUAGAUUGAGAUGUCAUUUUUUUUUUUACUUUUUUAAUUUGUAUUGAUAAUAGUGUGUCUCUGCUUGUUGUUGUGGCUGUAGAUGUUAAAGCUUGAUAGAUAAUGAAAGUAAUACAAGAUGUUGUUGGUCCUCUGUUUAUGUUUCCUAUUAGGUAUUAAGAGAAUAUACAAGAUAAAAGGGAAACACUAUUUUGUAUGUCAAAUUUAAGGAUGUUUGCAUACGAGAAUUAAGAAUGUAGCUUUUGAAACAGAGAUACUUCAAUGGUCAAUUCACCGAACUGACGGCUACAAA